UCGGAUUCCAAUCGUGGGCGGUUUUUUUCGUGCAAACUCAUCCAUCCGACGGUUGAGAUAGAAGAGCGUAUAAUAAGUUAACAUGGACCUUGAUCCACAGGAUUAAAACACUUGUUUUAGUUUCAUGUUUACCUUUUACGGCGAAUCUACGUGUGCGCGAAAGCUGAAAUCUUCACGGGAAAUCUAGAGACGACGAGGAAAAAAGGAUGACACUUUCUUCAGAUCCGCGAUCUAUUUUAUCAUCUUCUCCAUCCAAACAUUACACGAACCCACUCUUCCUUGUGUGAUUCAAUAUCUGAAACCCUCUCUCUUUUUCUUAAAAAAACAAAAAAGAUUAGAUUUUUAGGUUAGGUGAAACGAACAAUAAUGGAAUCAGAGCUCAAAGAUUUGAAUUCGAAUCCUCCGUCGAGCAAAGAGGAAAGGCCGUUACUGAAAUCAGAUUCCGAUUUGGCGGCUGCCAUUGAAGAGCUAGACAAAAAGUUCGCACCUUACGCGAGGACUGAUUUGUAUGGGACCAUGGGUUUGGGUCCUUUUCCGAUGACGGAGAAGAUUAAGUUGGCGGUUGCAUUGGUGACGCUUGUUCCUUUGCGGUUUAUUCUCUCGAUGAGCAUCUUGCUUCUGUACUACUUGAUUUGUAGGGUAUUUACGCUCUUUUCUGCUCCUUAUCGUGGGGCAGAGGAAGAGGAAGACGAAGGUGGUGUUGUUGUUCAGGAAGAUUAUGCUCACAUGGAAGGAUGGAAACGGACUGUUAUCGUGCGCUCUGGGAGGUUUCUCUCUAGGGUUUUGCUUUUCGUUUUUGGGUUUUAUUGGAUUCACGAGAGCCGUCCUGAUCGAGAUUCAGACAUGGAUUCCAAUCAUAAAAAUACUUCUACAGAGAUUAACCAGAAAGGGGAAGCCGCCACGGAGGAACCUGAAAGACCUGGAGCCAUUGUGUCCAAUCACGUUUCGUACUUGGACAUUUUGUAUCAUAUGUCUGCUUCUUUUCCAAGUUUUGUUGCUAAGAGAUCAGUGGGCAAACUUCCUCUUGUUGGCCUCAUUAGCAAAUGCCUUGGUUGUGUCUAUGUUCAAAGAGAAGCAAAAUCGCCUGAUUUCAAGGGUGUAUCUGGCACAGUGAAUGAAAGAGUUCGAGAAGCACAUAGGAAUAAAUCUGCUCCAACUAUUAUGCUUUUUCCAGAAGGAACAACGACCAAUGGAGACUACUUACUUACAUUCAAGACAGGUGCAUUUUUGGCUGGAACUCCUGUCCUUCCGGUAGUUUUAAAAUAUCCGUACGAGCGCUUCAGUGUGGCAUGGGAUACAAUAUCCGGGGCACGCCACAUUUUAUUCCUUCUCUGUCAAUUCGUAAAUCACUUGGAAGUCAUACGGUUACCUGUAUACUACCCAUCCCAAGAAGAGAAAGAUGAUCCCAAACUUUAUGCUAGCAAUGUUCGGAGAUUAAUGGCCACCGAGGGUAACUUGAUUCUAUCGGAGUUGGGACUUAGCGACAAAAGGAUAUAUCACGCAACUCUCAAUGGUAAUCUUAGUCAAACCCGUGAUUUCCAUCAGAAAGAAGAAUGAAAUUUUACUGGCCUGACAAUGUUUGUAAUGUAGUAGUCUUUACCAAAAAUAACCAUGACCAUGAUUGAAUAAUGGUUCUUGUGAUGAUAAUAAAAACCAAAAGUUUGAUUACACAACACAACUCAGCUCUUUAUUGGUGUCC